AUGGCUUCUUACACUCCCCCCAACGAAAAGGCAGACGUUGUCGAGGCCGAGAUGGGUAACAGCUCUGACCAUCCGCGAAAGGGCGAAGUCGACAAUAUCGACGCUCUCGCUACUGCACCUGGCACGACGCUCGGUUCCUUCUCGCACCUUGAUGAGAAGAAGAUUCUUCGCAAGAUGGAUAUGCGGUUGAUCCCCAUGCUUGCGCUUCUCUACCUCCUCUCAUUUCUCGACCGUGGAAACAUUGGAAAUGCCAAGAUCGAAGGCCUUCAGGAGGACCUCAACAUGACGCCCGACCAGUACAACUGGUGCCUCACAGUCUUCUUCUUCACCUACGCCGCCUUCGAAGUGCCCUCGAACCUCCUCCUCAAGAAGCUCCGUCCCAGCGUUUGGCUACCCACCAUCAUGGUGGCUUGGGGCGUUGUGAUGACACUUAUGGGUAUCGUCAAGAAUUACCACGGUCUUCUCGUCGCUCGCAUCUUUCUCGGACUGACAGAGGCUGGUCUGUUCCCUGGAGUCGCAUACUAUCUCACCAUGUGGUACUGCCGACACGAGAUCCAAUUCCGCCAAGCCCUCUUCUUCUCAGCUGCCUCCAUCGCCGGCGCCUUCAGCGGUCUCCUCGCCUUUGCGAUCGCCAAGAUGGACGGCGUCGGCGGCCUCGAAGGCUGGCGCUGGAUCUUUAUCCUCGAGGGCAUGGUCACCGUCCUCGUCGCCCUCUGGGCCUUUUACGCCCUCUACGAUUUUCCCGAGACUGCGAAAUUCCUGACCGAGGAGGAGCGUGCCUUUGUCGUCUUCCGGCUCAAGUAUCAGGGUCAGAGACAGGCUACGAGCGAGGAGGAGGGUACUCACACGCGGGUUGCUCAGACGGAUGAGUUUAGGUGGGAGUAUGUCUGGAGUGCUUUCAAGGAUUGGCAGAUCUGGGUCAACAUCUUUGUCUACUGGGGCAUUGUGUGCCCUCUCUACGGCAUCAGCCUUUUCCUCCCAACGAUCAUUCGCAACCUCGGCUACACCUCGAGCCACUCUCAACUCAUGACUGUUCCCAUCUACAUCACGGCCGCAAUCCUUGCCGUCAUCGUCGCUUGGACAUCAGACCGAGUCGGAAAGCGAAGCCCAUUCAUCGUCGUGUUCCUCUGCAUCAUGAUUGUCGGCUUCUCAAUGUGUAUUUCUACCAGCAACCCCAAGGUCGUCUACGGCGGUGUCUUUAUCGCGGCCUGUGCCAUCUACCCAGCUUUCCCAGGUGUCAUCACCUGGCUGGCCAACAACCUUGCAGGAAGUUACAAGCGAAGCGUUGGUAUGGCUAUUCAAAUCGGAGUCGGCAACCUCGGAGGCGCCAUGGCUGCAAACUUUUACCGACAAAAGGAUGGUCCUCGCUACAUUCUUGGACACGGCUUGGAACUUGGUUUCAUCAGCGCUGGUAUCAUUGCCGCUCUGAUCCUCAUCGUGGGCUACGAUCGCAUCAACAAGAGCCGUGAGCGAAAGAUGGCUCGAGGCGAACACAAUCAAUACUCUCCUGAGGAACUCUCGGCCAAGGGCGACAAGGCGUUGACCUGGAGAUAUAUGCAUUAG